AUGUCUAAUUUACAACAACUCAUCCGAAUGCAUCUGAACCAGAAGAAACCGUCAUUGAAUUCGUUUAUCGAUGCACUGAUACGCUUCCUGGCCCUUACUGCGGGCAAGGACAAGUGUGCAAAGACUCUACAAUAUGCUGCAAAGUUCAUUGGAUACUAUGCUCUUAAACAACAACAACAACAACAACAGUGUACAACUACAACAACAACAACUCCACCAUUGGUAAACAAAUGGAAGACAACAGAGUCAUCUAUUAGUGCCGCUCGUAGGUUCUGGCGUCUGGGAAACAUACUUGCCGACCAUCAGAAGCUGCUGCAAAUGCUGGCCAGCUUCACGAGAAAAUACAAGGAGGUCAACUACCAGCUGACAUUGAUACGCCAGGUGGUCAACUACAUGUACUUUAUAAUGGACCAGUUCACAUGGUCCACCAGCAUGGGUCUGACAAGCUUCAACACUGACAAGAUGUCUCACUACUGCAAUAUAUGUUGGUUCACCGCGUUGAUAUGCUCAAUCACAUUGGACAUUAGGGAGCUGAUGACUGUCAGACAGAAAGAGCACGAGCUGCUUCAGCUUCAAGCGGCCGACCAACAGGUCAGUGGUGCCGAUCUGCCGUUUGACACGGAGCUAGAGACACUGCAACAGAAGCGCAACGAUCUCUAUCUCAACUUUGUCAAGAAUGGUGCAGACACCAUGGUGGCAGCGUUCUCACUCAACUUCUACAAGACCAGCCAAGGUAAGAUCGGAAUGUAUGGACUACUCUCUGCACUGUUAGGUAUCUAUCAAACAUGGCCUGCCACGUCCUCAUCCAAA